AUGGAUGGAGAGGAGGAAGGAAUUGAAUCGAAUGAACCGUGCUCACGAGAUGGAAGUGAACUUGUUAAAGAGAUAUCCAACAUCAUUGAAUCUGUUGCUCAGUUCGGAGAUUAUCGAAAAACGCAUAAGAAAGAUUGCUUUGGCCUGGUUAGGCGUAUGAAACUUCUUUUGCCACUUCUUGAGGAGAUCAGGGAUUGUGAUGCGCCAAUUUCAGAUAAGGGUAUUGCUUGUUUGAGUAAUUUAAAGAAGGCUUUGAUUCUGGCGAGGAAGCUGUUAAAAGUUUGCAACGAGGGAAGCAAGAUUAAUCUGGCUGUGGAGAGCGAGGCUUUUAUGAUGAAAUUUCGCAAAGUCAAUGAAAAAUUAUGUCAAGCUCUGGAAUGUGUACCUUUCGAUGAAUUUGGGAUUUCUGAUGAUGUGCAAGACCAGGUGGAUUUCAUGAGGGUGCAGCUUAGACGAGCAAAAGGGAGAACAGAUACUCAGGAUAUAGAACUUGCGAUGGAUAUGAUGGUGGUACUUUCCAAAAAUGAUCAUCGGAAUGCUGACAUUGCUAUAAUAGAAAGGCUAGCAAAAAAGCUAGAUUUACAUACUGUUGAAGAACUGAAAAAUGAAACCAUUGCCAUAAGGAAUCUUGUUAAAGAAAGAGGUGGUCAAGUCCACAAUUCAGAGAGUCUCGAGCAAAUCGUUGAUCUUCUGAACAAAUUCAAAGAGAUUAUAGGAAUGGAAAUUACUGAUGUUUUUGGUAAUCCUGCUAUGACUAGAACGUUGGAGAAGUGCGCAUCUUUAGUCAUUCCCCAUGAAUUCCUUUGUCCAAUCACACUAGAAAUAAUGACAGAUCCGGUUAUUAUUGCAUCUGGACAGACAUAUGAAAGGGAAAGCAUACAGAAGUGGUUUAACUCCAAUCACCGCACCUGUCCAAAGACGAGACAAACUCUGGCUCACAUGUCAGUUGCACCAAAUUUUGCCCUUAGAAACCUAAUCUUGCAAUGGUGUGAGGAGAACAAAUUUCAUCUCCCCCCAAAAGCUGAUUGUGCAUCUUCUUCGAGCUAUGUGCACAGUGAGGAAAUCUGCUCUUUAGUUAGGGACCUAUCCUCUACAAAGUUGGAAAGGCAGAGGCAGGCUGUGAUAAAGAUUCGAAUGCUCUCCAAAGAGAGUUCUGAGAACAGAAUCUUGAUUGCCAACAAUGGAGGAAUACUGCCAUUAGUUCAAAUUCUGUCCUACCCAGAUUCUAGACUUCAAGAGCAUACUGUGACAGCUUUGUUGAAUUUAUCAAUUGAUGAGACUAACAAGAGACUCAUAGCUGAAGAAGGAGCUAUUCCAAUUAUCAUAGAAAUUCUGCAGAAUGGUAGUGUAGAGGCUAGGGAGAAUUCUGCAGCAGCUUUGUUCAGCUUAUCUAUGCUUGAUGAGAACAAGAUAACCGUGGGGCUAUCAAAUGGCAUCCCACCAUUAGUAGAAUUGUUACAGAAUGGGACAGUGAGAGGUAAAAAAGACGCUAUCCUUGCACUUUUUAACUUAUCUCUCAACCAUUCAAAUAAGGCUAGAGCCAUUGAUGAUGGUAUAAUUCCACCCUUACUCCAGUUGCUCAAGGACAGAAACUUGCAUAUGAUUGAUGAAGCCCUCUCGAUCCUGUUGCUUCUUGUAUCACAUCCUGAGGGACGAAGUUCGAUUGGGCAGCUCUCAUUCAUUGAAAGCCUUGUAGAAUUCAUAAAAAAUGGCACCCCCAAGAACAAGGAAUGUGCAACAUCAGUCCUCCUUGAGUUGGGGUUAAAAAACUCAUCUUUCAUACUUGCUGCACUUCAGUAUGGUGUAUAUGAGCAUUUAGCUGAGAUCCAAAUAAACGGAACUAAUAGAGCACAGAGAAAGGCAAAUGCUCUUAUACAACUUAUGAGCAGGACCGAACAAAUUUGA